AUGACAAUACGACAUGAUCUUACUUUGCAACAGAAAAUUGAAUUAAUUAAUGAUAACAGGAAUGCUAAUGGUUUAUCUCAACGUACAUUAGCUGUAAAAUAUAAUAUUUCGCUUGGUUCUUUAUCAAAUGUAUUAAAACGUAAGGCAGAAUAUUUGGAUGAUUAUGCAGCAAAUCAGAAUCACAAUGUUAAACGAAAAAUAAUUGAUGUUAAUUCACGAGAACUCGAUGAAAAAGUAUAUGGAUGGUUUGUACAACAACGUUCAAAAAACAUUUCAAUAUCAGGACUAAUUUUACAAGAAAAAGCACGCGAAAUAGCUGAAUUAUUAGCUGAUAAGAUGGGUUCAUUUAAAGCAUCGAGUGGGUGGUUUGAAAAAUUUAGAAUAAGACACAACAUUUCAUUUCGUGUUAUUAGCGGUGAAAGUUUAUCUGUUGAUAUUACAACUGUUGAUGAUUGGGUUCAACGAAUACCAAAAAUGAUUGAUGGUUAUGAUCCAAAAGAUAUAUUUAAUUGUGAUGAAACAGGGUUAUUUUUUAAAUUUAUGCCUGAUAAACCAUUAACAUUAAAUAGAGAACAAUGUAAAGGUGGUAAAAAAUCGAAAGAACGCUAUACUAUUUUAUUUUGUGUUAAUUCAACUGGUGAAGGAAAAUUAAAACCACUUGUAAUUGCUAAAAGUUUAAAACCACGAUGUUUUAAAAAUUUAAAUGUUAGUGAACUUCCACAAAAAAGAAAAAUAAUAUUAUUUCUUGAUAAUGCACCAUGUCAUCCUGUUGAUAUCGAAUUAUCAAAUAUAAAAUUACAAUAUUUUCCACCAAAUACCACAUCAAAACUUCAACCAUUAGAUCAAGGCAUUAUACAUGCAUUUAAAACACAUUAUCGUAAACAUUUAGUUAAACAUAUAAUAGCACGUUGUAUAACAGCUCAAACACUAGAUGAUAUUAAAAUUACACAUUUAGAUGCUAUUUACUGGAUUGAUGCAGCAUGGAAAGCUGUUACACAUACAACAAUACGAAAUACAUGUCGUGUAGCUGGUUUUAAAGAUAAACAACAUGAUGAUAUAACAACAGCAACAUCUAAUGAUACAGCAACAUCAUCAACAGAUAGCACAAAAUCAACGGAUGAUGAGCCAUAUAAAGAUUUAAAAAAAUUAGAUGAUCUAUUACAACAUGUUACAAUUGGUGGUCAAACAAUGAACGCAGCUGAUUUUGUUGAUAUAGAUAAUGAUACACCAGAAUACAACGAAUGGUUUGAUCAGUGUGAACAACUUGUAUUAUGUGACAUUAAGGAACAGGAUAAUGAUUACUAUGAUGAUGAUCAAAUAUUAACAGAAUCACCACCAAAAUUAACAGAAACAAUGGAAAUGAAACGAAAACUUCAUUUACUAGCAACAACACAACAACCACAAUUACACCAAUUAAUUAAUGAAUUAGAAUCAAAGUUGACUGAUGUUUAUAUUAAUUCAAAAACAAAAAGACAAGCGACACUAGAAGACUUUUUUAAACAAAACAAAACUUUGUCUUGUAUCUAUAAAUUUUUCAACUACAAAACAUUUAAAUAA